UUAAGUGUUCAGACUUCAGUACGGACAGUACGAUUUGAAUGCGAGACCUGUGUGGAAUACUAUGACACGGCCAUAAUAUGGUGAAGUGGUUGAGAGAACACAUUAAUACCAUAAUAUUGUUGUAUGUUAUACUGUUAUCUAUUCAAUAACACAUUUUCAUGUUUAAUACUCUAUACUGAUAACGAUAUGGAAUCACUACGAUUUAACAGUUUAACACUGAUUCUUGACAAAUCACUUUGGCUAUUAGCUAAUAGUUGGUCAUAGUAGUGAAUUUUAAAUUUUAGUAGCUGAAAACUCAAAAUAUAUCAAAUUUAAAUAUUUAAAAUGUUUAUAUGACUUUGGAUCAAUAAAUAAAAUCACACCUUAAAUAUGGAGUCUACUUUUGAUAUUAAUAGAUCAAACAGUAAUAAUAAUAUUCCUGUUAAUUCAUUUGUUCAUGAUCAUCCAAUAUUAAAAUCAUUUAUUGCUGGUUCUACAUCUGGAUUAUUUUCUACAGUUGUGUUUCAGCCAUUUGACGUUGUAAAAACAGUCUUACAAGAUCCUAGAAAUGAUAAAAAAUUAGGAAUUAUUAAUGCCACAAAAUCAGUCUGGCAGCAAGAAUCUUUUUUUGGAUUUUGGAGAGGGCUGUCUCCAUCUCUUGUACGCAAUAUUCCAGGAAUUGCCAUUCACAUAUCAUUGACACAAUUAAUAUAUUCAUAUUUAACAAAAAAUAAUCAGACUUCUAUGGUUAAGUCUGGAGUAGCUGGAUUUAGUGCACGAUGUAUUACUGUUUCUGUACUAAUGCCUUUCACUGUUUUAAAAACUAGAGUAGAAAGUGGUCAAUAUCAUUACACAACUUUGACCCGUGGCCUAUCUGAUAUUUAUAGGUUGGAAGGUUGGAAGGUUUUGUGUCGUGGAUGGACACCAACAAUUUUACGAGAUGCUCCAUUUUCUGCAUUAUAUUUUAUGAUUUUUAUAAAAUUAAAAAAUAUAAUAUUAUUAGAAGAAAUAGACAACAAACAACCACUUUAUAUUUUUGGAUGUGGCCUUUUAGCUGGAGGAUUAGCAUCCUGUAUAACUCAACCAUUUGAUGUAAUAAAAACUAGUCAGCAAGUAUCAAAAGAAAAACUCCUUUUAAUUGAUGCUUUUAUUAUGAUUAAACGAAAAUAUGGAAUAGCUGGUUAUUUUAAAGGGCUGUCUCUUCGAGUUUUAAGACGAUCUUUAAUGGCUGCAAUGACUUGGACUGUAUACGAAAAAUUAUCUUAGAUGAUUAUUAAUAUAAAUUUAAAUAUUUAUAAUUUAAGCAAUAAUGACGUGUCAACUAUGUUUAAUCUUGAUCAAAAUAGGUUACAAUUCUUUAAAAAUAGGUAGCUGUCAAAUAAUGAUGUAAACAUUUUAUCAUAUCUUUUUAAAUUUGAAUAAGAAAAUAACCAAAAAUGGAUUAGAAACUUGAAUAUUAAAUUACAUUAUUAGAUAUAUAAUAAGUUUUAAUUAGACUGAAAUAUUUUAGCAACAUAUCAAACAUGUUUAAGAGAGUAUAAUUUUAUUUAAGUUUCUAGUUGUUCUAGCAGUAGAAGUGCAUGCUGUAUGCAUUAAUUUUAUUACAAUUCUUAAUAUUUUAAUUCUUCUGUAGUUUUUUUUUUCUUAUUAUUAUUUUUUUCUUAAGUAUGGUGUUUUAAUUAUGUAAAUUUGUUGUUAAUACAUUUAUGUUAAAUUAUAACAUAAUUUAUUUUAAUCAUUCUAAUAAAAUAUAUUUUUAUUUUA